CCGGCGAGUGCCGGAGCCAGGAAGCGGCGCCACCGCCCCGGGGCUCGGCCGCUCCCCCCCGAAACCCUGCCCGAGGCUUCCCGUGCCGCCUCUUCCCGAAGGCCUCAUAUCUGCUGUGAUUAGAGGGUUGCCGUUUGUGUCCUCAGCCGUACCAUCACCCUGUACGUGCCCAGCUGCCUCUUGGACAUCGUCGUUCAAUUACGGUUCAUCAUAUGUGCAAUUCUGGCUAAGGUGACAUGGCAGAGGAAUCUCUUGAUGUGUGCAAGAGGUUUUGUAGUUCGCUUUUCGCCUGCGACACGUGGAUAGUCAUCAUGUACGCUGCUCGAAUCAAUCGCCGCGUUCCUUCAGAGCCGGGGCGAACAGCUGUUUCCUGGAACACCGUAAUGGGGUUUGGUAAUUUGCUUGUGCCUGACACUUAAGUGAUGCCUCAUUAAAUGAGCCGUCCCUCCAUAGGAUGUCUGCACAGGAGGAAAUUCAAAAUAUUUUUCUGUCAGCUCUCUUUUGAUCUAAAGAACGUAAAUGUAGGAUCUGUAAGGAUCAUUCCAUGAUCUAAAGGGCCUAAAUGUAGAGGUUGUUUUAGUUCAGUACAAACCUAUUGAUUCUUCUGGGGGUGGAAACAGACUCUCAUUCGGCUUUGUCAGAAAGUUGAAUCCUCAUAUACACUUGUUUUUCAAGCUCUCUCUGUAGCUGAAGGAGAGAAAUAGUUUGCUGCAGAGAGUGCUUCAUCUCCUCCUGAAGUAGGUGUCUGAGAUGUGUGAGAAGAAUUCCCUUUGGAUCUGCCUUUCUGUGUCUAUGGCCUGAAACUAGGACCUGCAUAAUGGGUUUAGUCUAAAUAUCUGACAUCUAAAGGAGUACAUUUGAGCAAAGUAAGUCCAAGUCUCUGUAAUUUGUGACCAAAAGAAUAUCCCACAACCUCUCCUCCACCAAGCCAAAUAAUCCUUACCUGACCUUGACUGACUAUCUGAAUUGGCCCACAACUAUUAUUUCAGUGAGUCAUAAAAGAACUCACCAAGUCCUCAGGUUGUUAUGGAAUGCUAAUCCUGUGAUGGGGGCUUUAGGUCUGUUUCAUUUUUGUAUGUGUAGUCUAACAUAUUCAUAUGUUGGUAUUUUUCUUAGAACCUACAGAGAAUGACUACAAGCCCAAGUCUCUCUCUUUAUUUUGCAUUUCCUAAUAGAAGAUGACAGGAGACCUUCCAUUUUCAACUUUCAUCCUUUAAACUUCAUGGUCACACUCAGUACAUCUCAGUUCUGUCCUGAAAUGCUAGGUUAUCCCAAGCCCUCAGCUUGUCUUAAUUCCAGUUAUGAUACUAAAAUUCUACAGCAGAAGUGCCCUGGCACUGAAAUCUUUGUGCUGUUUCAGCUAUCUAAGCUGAAAGCAAUACUUUGAGCCUAUGAGCCAGAUUGGAUGUAGUCAUACACAGAUAAGAGUAUUUUUUCCUACUUUCAAGCAUGAGUCUUCUGAGAUUCCAGCUUUUUUUUGUAGUCACUUUACUCCCUUGAACUGGUGAUAUCUUAACUACCAGUUUAAAGCAGAAGUAUCAAAGGAAGCCAGUGAUAGUAUGAAGUGUCACUGAAUGAGAAGUUAAUCUGUGUCUACAGAGAUGUAUGCUGCAUGCCCAAGGUAUUGUGAUAAAACACAUUUGGGAACUGUUUCUUCUGCAAGGAAAGAUAUUUUUUUAUAUACCAAACACUUUUAUUAUAUGUGAAGUGUUUUGAUAAGACAACUGCACUGUCUCCUGAAAGCCUGGUUUAUUGACAUUUAUAGCAGUACUUGCUGCGUGAGGAACAAAUUGCUGAGCUAUUUUUCAAGACAUCUUCAGAUCCUCGAGACAUACAGAAAGAUAAGGGAGACUCUGAAACCACAGGGGAAAGAGCUGGCAGUAAACAUGCUUCAGUCCUUCCCUGCAGUGUGAGCCAAAGGCCCUUCUGGACCAUGCCCAUGUCUCCUUGCAAUCAGUUCUCUUCUGCUAUUGCAAACCUGACCCUGGGUUCUUUCUUGUUGAAGUGAAGGGAGACAACCCACCUUUGUUGGUCAGCAUCAACUCCAAUUUAUUGAUCAAACCAGGCACCUUUUAUAACAGUGUUAAUUCACUUCAUGCAUAUUGCAAAAUCUGAUCUCCCGAUAGGCUGUAGAGAAAACUUCAGCUCCUCCUUUUAUUUACAAUACCUGAGGUUUGUUUAUUGAAACCAAGAUCAGUGUUCUCACCAUGAUAUGAAAAGUUCUCAAAACCUUUAUAGCUGUUCCCAGAAUGGCCAUCUGUUCCCAGAGCAGCCAAGGACAGAAUAUUUGCCUGUUUUUGAGAAAAAGGUCUGAGAAUCUUGUUGUAUAUGUAAAAGGUGGCUGAGAACCUAAUUAUUUACAGGAUCAAGCCUGGAACUGCUGCUUUACAGCUGCCUUUUAUUUUUCCCUUAGCUGAGUACCUUCAUGGCCUCUUUCUUUAAGCUAUGUUUGAACUAGGCUCUCCACACUUUCUCACACCGAGCAGGAUAACACUGCAAUGAAGAUUAUGCAAAAAGCCAUUUUACCACCAAAAAUCCAAACUUCUCAUCACCUUUUAUUGGCUUGUCAGCACUUUGCAGGCCAGUAUUUUGGUGAUAGUCACAGUAGGAAGCCUAGGUAGUCUAUGAGCAGCUUUCCCUUCUAGGUCUAGGCUUGGAAAGAGAUGAUCCGUGCUUAAGGAUAAAACAGGACAAGACAGACACAAACUGACUCAAUCCUGUAUUCCUGCAAAGUUAUUCUAUAAUUCUGUGUGAGCAGUUAACAAGAGAAUCUCAUUUGGGGUUUUUUUUAAUUACAUAUUUUUCUAUCUGAUAAUAAAUUGCAGCAGCCUAGACAACCUAUGAUAUGUAUAAUAGAUACUAGAAUUUUGCAUAAUUACAGCACAGUAAAAUAAAAUAAAUGCACAAUAUUAUUAGAGUUUCAAUGUAAGAAAUGCACAGUGUUGUGAGAAUUUCUUCUUAAAUUCCUGGUGUAUUUUCUUCUUCCUUUUCAGUAAUGUGUUCACAGAUAAAACAGCUACGGCAUCUUCUGUUGGGAAGUUAGUGGACUUGCACUGUUCAGCUGACUCUUGUGUUUCUACUACAGUAUUUCCACCAAUGACUUUCUUUUCAUACACAGAGGGACACAGGGUCAAGGAGGAACUGUUUCUUUGAAUAAUUCAAAGUAAUUCAAACUCACUGUGUAAUGUCAGUAGUGUUAUUCAUGGUUAUGGUUCGUGUGGGAGUGGGAACGUGCUGAGGGUUCUCUUGAGCAAAAAUUACAUACUUACAGAUAUCAUGUUAGGAUAUAUGCAAUUAAAACCACAACUAAGUUAUAUCUGGAAGGAAGAUGCCUAAAUGUUUUAUUUUUAGAUAUAUCAAGAGUACUUUCUAUUCAUUUAGGCUAGGUAAUUAGGUGCUUAUAAUGAAGUAUAAGAAAAGGAAGAGAACCUGUUUGAAUACCAUAGGUGAUGGAGUGUAUAAGGAGUCUCCCAGCAUCCCCAUUUAGACUUUGUAUUUACAAACAAAACAAAACAACAAUGAAGCCAAAACCCAAAAAACCUAAGCAAAAGCUAAACAUACAAUAUGUGUAUCUGCCAUUGUAGAGCAGUGAACACCUGAUUUGUACUGCCUGAAAAGCGAACCAGGCCAUCUGCUUUGUAUCAGCACAGCAGAUCCUGCAUUCUGGAGUCAAAGCUUUAUCCAGACAAAGGUGUGAAGAGGAUUUAAUUGCAGAAACAGUGUAAGAAAGAAGAUCAAAGGCUCAUCUUGAAAGAGGACUAUUAUUAAUGUAGUCUUAACCUACUGCAAAAAUGGAAAAGAAUUUGUAUUAGCCUUUCCCUUUGGUGGUCCAAUCCCACUACUUUCACUGUGUCUGCAUGUGCAAACAUGCUGAGACUUUGUGCAGAAGUCGGCACAGGAACGAUGAAUUGCUUUAAUCCUGCUCACGCUCUCAACAAGGACCUGCAGUGGGAUGUGAGAUGCGUUGGCCUUGCUCUGGCUCUCUGCCAAGGGCAAAUCCCUUUCUGAGCAAGUGACAUUAGAUUGUCAACAAGAUACCAUAUUCAUCAAAAGCCUGUGGCAUAUUUUCUCAUUUCACUUGCACACAAACAAAUUCAGACUUCAGAGUCCAUUUGAUAUGAGAUCAGCUUCAAUAAUUCAGGUCAACAAUUAGCAUUUACCAGUAAUUUUUCUUCAUGUGUUUCUCUAAAGGAUUAGCAGCGUGGAUUUUUCUGUCAGAAGAGAAGAUGUCAUUGGCACAGCUGCAAUUCUGACUCUCUGGGAAGUGCUGGUGGCCUGCAUUUACAGUAAACAUAGAAAAGAGGUCUGGUAGCAGGGCACAGUGCAUCUGCAUGACAGAGCUGAAACGUAACCCUGCCUUUUGUACAUGGCCAGGCUGCUGGCAAGGUCAUGGAGAGCUGUGAAAUGAUCUGGGAGCUGAGCCCCCCAAGAGGCAUGCUUCCAUUUCCUUACAGGAGUACUGCCAGAGAGCAGUGUUUUAAACUUACUGAUAACACAGAUCAAAUGGCUUUUGCCUGCUUCAGGUAUUUGCUUAGAGGUCAACAUCCUCUUUGUUUUAAGAAAACUAGAAGUCCUGGCCUAGCCUAGUGCUACAGUGAAGGAGCUAUUUUCCUUUAAGCAUUCAUUUCUGAAAACAUUUCUGGACAAUGAAGUUUAGAGUGCAAGUAAUAUUGAAAAGUCUAUCUUGAUCAGCUGUUUCCAAAAAUUUUUUAAAAGGCAGAAGGACUCUCACUUAUUUGAUCUGCAAUGAGCUGUACAUACCACGGGGCAUUCCCCAGUAAUUUUUGCUCAGGCUUUUGAGCCAUUUUGGUGCUGAUUCUACCCCUGAAAUAAACCAGAGUCCAGGACUGUUCUCACUCAUGUCUGUCUGGAGUGGUUUGCCUGUAUGUUCAUCGUACUUUGAAGAUUACCACUGUUUUUUUUGAAGCUGCAGAAUAGGCCAGCAGAGACACAAAGGCUGACUCAAAAAUGCAUGCUACUCACAUCAUUGCUGCUAGUUUCUAACUCAGCAGAGGCAUAGAUGUAUUUCUCAGAGUGGAGAAUGUUGUUUCAGUUACUGACACUUCUGAGGCAGUUUUGCAUGAAACACUAAACAGGGCAGAAACUUUCACUUUGAGCAAAAACCCAAUUUUAAUAGAGCCUACACACCUGUACCUUUUCACGUCUGUCCCUUCCCACAGCUCUCCCAGACCAAACAUGCAAUUCCCCAAACUGAUGAUGGCCAAAAAAGGAGAUUCAGUUAAUGUGAAAAUGUGUUUUCAACAAAAAACCCCUGUAACAACGGAGCUCUUGAACAGCAACAAGGGAAAAGUCAAAGACUGUCAAGUUGCUGCAGAGGAAGAUCCUAACACUGCAGGGUAUCUCAGAGGAAAGACACGGACAUUAGGAUUUUAUACUGCCAAAAGUCCUUGUAGUUUGUCCACCUCUUUGAUUUGGCAAGCUGCAGGCAAACUGGAGGACACAGCGCAGAGCUGGCAGGGUCAAGAGGGACUUCCAGCUCUCCCAUUAAAGCAGCGUGUAGGGUCCAUCAGGUAAGCCAAUAUCCUUGUAAACAUCUGGUAAUAGCUACACAUGGGGCUAUCAGGGCAUCCAAGUUCUCUUAGGGAUGACCAGAACAUUCCUACAAUGAGCAGAAACACACAAAACCUUGAAAAUUGUUUGAAAAUGCCAAAAGGCUCAUGUUCAAUUUGUGAAACGCACUUCUUGGAAAAACCUCUCUUAGGGCAAAGAAGGCAGUUUUCCUUUUAUGCUUGCACGUAGUACACUCUUUAUCUGACAAGACUUGCAACCACAAGAGAGCACUCUUUCCUUUGAAGAUGUCUCAGCUUUCCCAGAAAGCUUCAGAUAUGCCAUAUAAGUUUUGCAAACUGCUUGUGAGCUGGUUCAGUUAAACCAGAGCAGCCGAAACAACAAAGCUUGCAGUUGUCUUUUGGAUUUCAUUGUGAAAAGCCUUUGGGUAGUUUUUAGAUGACAGAAGAUCCUUGGUUCCUGAAAGUGAGGAGUUCUGCCAAAACUUUGAAGAUCUCUAUAAACUUUGCAAAUUACCCAUCUUUUGGAGACAAUUAUAUCAAACGAUAUCGUGGAUUACAAUACAUGAGAAGUGUUUAGAGCCUGGAAGAUUAUUUAUGUUUGGCAUUAACUCUUAUGGUCAUAAUUUCAAGUGGAGAGAAAAGGAAUACGCAGGAACCCUCUUAUUAUCUUUUGAAAUAUGAAGAUCACAGGAAAAGAAGGGUUUAAACUGGGGAGUGAUGGUCCUUAAAACCUGUCUGUACAUUAACUGGCAUCCUACCCCUAUAAAAACAAGGCUUUCCAGGCACAGUGUGGACCUCGUGAGCUGUUAGCCUUGCUUUGAGAUCUGAGUUUUUAUACUCCACAGGAGGAAACUGCAGCCUGUGGGGCAGGGUACCUAUACAAAUGUUGGAUUGAUACAUUGGGAGCUAAAUUCAGGAAUUAACACUCCACGGGUGAGGAAAAACAGAAGCAUGGACAGCACUAAAGACGAUGAUAGACUACCGAAGAGGAUUGCAUUUCCAGGAUCUGUGUCCCUGGCUAACAGCCACGUGCACGCCCAUGGGGUACCCCUGAGAGAGCCCUUUGGGGUUCCCUUCCACCUGGACCCAUCUUACUGGGAGCAAGCCUACAGCGGGCACACAGGCCGCAUCUCCUACCUCCCAUUUCCUGGCUGCAUGGGCAUCUAUGACUAUUCCUUCGAGCCUGCCUUCAUUCGCAAGAGGAACGAGAGGGAGAGGCAGCGGGUGCGCUGCGUCAACGAGGGCUACACGCGCCUCAGGGAGCACCUGCCCAAGGAAUUGGCCGACAAGCGCCUCAGCAAAGUGGAGACCCUGAGAGCUGCCAUAAGCUACAUCAAACACCUGCAGAGCUUGCUGGACUGCCAUCCCUUAGGCUCUUCCAGUAAGGAAACGCUCUCUGCCAAGGAGAGCCCGGGAACUCCCAGUCCGGCUUCCCCGCGGGAGUGCAACAGCGAUGGAGAGUCCAAAACUUCUCCAGCGUCAUCCCCCUACAGUGAAUUUGAGGAGAUGGGCAGCUAGGUCUCCUCUCUGGAUGCAGAAAGCUUCAAGACUGGCUGAAAAGCAAUUUCAAACCCUGGGGAAUUUUCUACGGGUGAAAAUUAAUAUCAGGGAAGGCAAAAUCAGAUAGGGAAGGCAAGAAAAAAAGGGUAUUUUUAAUCUGUCAAAAGACUUUAAAUGUUUGCUGUAUAAAACUUAAACGUGAUUUGUGAACAAACAGAUAUCUCGCAGGUUGCUUCAGCUGUGUUACUAAGCUUCCUUUGGACUGAUAAAUUGGAGCAACAUUUACAUUCUACUUUUCAUUCAGCUUUUAUUAUGUGCUAUUUUCUUUUGCCUUUCACUUGAGACAGUAAAACCAGAUAAAUCAAUUUCGGGGAAUUCCCCAUCCCUUUUUCCUGCUUUGUCUAGUGAAUUUUACUGUCUGUUUUUCCUGACUAACCUGAGAUGCACUGCACUGCAAACACUUGGACUGGGGGAGGUAAGAUUUAGAUAUAUAUCUUUCCCUGAAUAUUUCAGAAAACUCACAGAAAUACUUCUACUUAUGAAACAACAAAUUUUCAGCUAAAAACAAGGCUAUAUUUUGAAACUUAUUUCUUUUAAAGCAUCUUCUAAAGUGAAAGAAACAGCUCAUAUACUGGACUCUGUCUAUUUGGUGAUUAUUCUAAGGAUAUUUUUCAGAAAAAUAAAGCUGGACACUCAUUCCAGUUAAUGCUAGGAAGAGGGAUACAGAGUUUUGUAGAACUGCAUCUUCAGAAGCAAAGCUUCACUCAAUAUACUGAAAAAAUGAAAGCCUUUUCCCUACUUUUCUGAAAUCUGAGUUCAUGGACAAAAUAGUCUUGUUUGUGUCUUUGGCAGGUCAGAAAUUAUAUGCUUAGAAACAGAACCUGUAACGGUUAGACACUGCUGUGUACAAAAAGGGAAAAGUUGAAUAUAUGGGUUUACAUCUGCAUGAAAAUGUAGGUAUUCCUCCUUUUGUUUAGAAUAUUGUAUUACUUUUUCAAAGGACACUGCUUUUAAAAUUAAUAUCUCAAAAUCCAUGGAAUACCUUUAAUUUGGAUUGCAUCUACUUAAAAAUGACAAUUUCUCUCCAAUUUGUUUUCAAACCUGCUUUUCUCCAAGGCUUAAAUCCCAUUCUGAAUAUGGGGUAAACUUUUUACCCAUCCACUUUCAACACACCUUUCAAACUUUUGCUUUUUUGGCCUUGUGUUGAUGAAAUGGUUUUGUAUCUUUUUGUCUUUCCUUCGUGUCAUGCUGACUGAACACCUGAAUUUUAUACUCAUGUAUAAAGAAAAAAUACUGAUCAAAUACCUCAAAAUGUGUCCAUAAAUUUCCU